AGCACUCUAACUCACUAGAUUCAAAUAUUUAUCAUAUCAUAUUCAAAGCACAAGAUUUCUUGGUUAUCAUAUUCAAAGCACAAGAACAAUGGCAUCAAGUAAAGAAUUCAAGGAAGACAGAGCCGAAGCAGCAGCAAAGCUAGCAGCAAAAGACAUCGGUGAAGUAAACAGAACAAACGAAAGAGAACAAGGUUACAAUCUUCGGUCUGAAGCACAGUUCAAACAAGCACGAGCUGAAGCAGCAGCGAAACUCGCUGCUAAGGAUCUUGAAGACGUUAAUAAAGCAAGAGAAAGUGGAUUCAAUGCACGAGAAGAGAAGAAACCAGGUUUUAUUGGUUCAAUGUUCAAUGCAGCGAAAGAAGCUGUUGUUGGAAGGAGUAACCAACCUCAUGAAAAUGUGAGAGAAAGUUCAGAUUAUGGUGCAGAGAAAGCCGGGACUGCGAAUAAAGCUGGAGUGUAUGCGGAUUAUGCUGCAGAGAAAGCACGGGAAGCGAAAGAUGCUACUAGUAAAGCUGGACAGUAUGCUGAUAAUGCUGCAGAGAAGGCGCGAGGAGCGAAAGAUGCUACUAACAAAGCAGGGCAGUAUGCUGGUAGUGCUGCAGAGAAUGUAAGAGGAGCCAAAGAUGCUACUGAUAAAGCAGGGCGUUAUGCUGCUGAUGCUGCAGAGAAAGCGAGAGGAGCGCAAGAUGCUACCAGUAAAACAGGAGAGUAUGCUGAUUAUGCUGCAGAGAAAGCGAGAGUAGCGAAAGAUGCUACCGAUAAAACAGGACAGUAUGCUGCUAAUGCUGCAGAGAAGGCAAGAGGAGCAAAAGAUGUUACUGAUAAAGCAGAAGAGUAUGCUGAAUAUGCCGCAGUGAAAGCCAAGGAAGCGAAAGCGUGGGAGGAGAAACAGAAGUUUGCUGCAGAGAAAGCAAGGGAAAAUGAACAAAGGUAUGCUGCAGAGAAGGCGAGGGAAGCGGAAGCAGAGGAGUCCAGAAGGCAUGCUGCAGAGAAGGCAAGGGAAGCUAAAGAUGCUGCAGCGAAUAAAGCUGGAGAGUUUAGAGAUUAUACUGCUGAGAAAGCUAAAGAAGGGAAAGAUGCUACUGUAGGGAAGCUUGGGGAGUUGAAGGAAUCUGCUGCUGAUGCUGCUAAAAGAGCUAUGGGUUUCUUUGCUGGGAAGAAAGAUGAAACUAAGGAAAUGCCUCAUGAGAGUGAGGAAGAUGCGAGGAUGAGAAUGGGUGAUUUGAGGAUGGAAGGAGGAGGGAGGGCUAGAGAGAAAGUGGUGGUGGAGGUGGAUGAGAGUCGUCCCGGAGUGGUGGCGGAUGGGUUGAGGGCAGCAGCGGCAACGGGAGUGAAUAAGAGUGAUAUGGGACGUUUGGAGGAAGAAGGCACAGUUCAUGUUGAGCUUCGUCGUGAGAGAAAAUGAUCAUGAUCAUCUAUCAUCAUAUGGAAUGUUGUUGCUACAUAUCUACUACUACAUAAUCACUAGUUUCUUUUGUAAUAUAAUGUGUUUUGUAAUAAUAAUAUUUUGUGUUGUUUACUGUUUUUAA